AUGCCAAGAAAGAAAGCCAGAAGUAGGCAGAAAAAUGGAAAUCAAUCAAAUACAACAUUAUGCCAAAGCUCUGACAGACGACAGGUGUCAUCAGGUGGUCAGACAAGCAGCACAUCGUUUGGGUUACAUUCUACAUCACAUUCAAGCGCUAGAGAUGGAACAAAACAGUGCAUUGAAAAUACUCCAGCUGUACAAGUUGAUACAUUACACAUGAUAGAGCGAGCUGCUCAAUCUGGCUCAACUAAAGAAAUGCUUGAAUGCUUUAAUCAACUGAUACACACUGAGAACAAAGUGAACCAAGAAAGUUUGGACCAAGGUCUGAUUUUGUCUUGUAGGUAUGGUAGAGAGUUUUUGGUAAAGAUUCUGAUAUUUCAUGGUGCUAAUAUUGAGACGAGAGACGACAAAGGCAACACACCACUUUUGAUAUGUGCUGAGAAAGGUUUCACUGACAUAGCUCUGUUACUGGUUGAUAAAGGCGCUGAUAUCAACAGUUACAACAAAGACGGUGACACGGCACUUUUACUUUCUAUUCAAACAUCCGGGUCCUCUGAGCUGGUUAGAAGACUUCUUGACAAAAAAGAUUUUAAAAUGGACCAUAAAAAUAAAAACGGGUGUGAUGCUAUCAUGAAAGCCAUUGAAGUUUUGAACUUGCCAUUGAUAAACACAUUAAUAAAAAAGCAAACUGAUAUAAAUGCUUGUCCCGGUGUUGCUGUAUCAAAAAGUGCUUGUCAACUAGCUGAAAGAUUAGGAUUAAAAUCCUUGCUAUUUAUUUUGGACCGACGGACACAAAAUAGGAAAGCAGCAUUACAAAAAGCUGUUUUAAUGAAAGAUAAAUACAUCAUUAGCUUUUGUUAG